CAUUAAAAUGAUGGACUGUUCAUUUCCUUGUCAGUGGGGGAACAUACAAAAUCAGUAGGGCAUCAAAUAAUUUUUUCCCUCACUAAGUGUGCCCAGAGUAAGUCCAAUAUUCAAAGUAAAUACUUAGCGAUCUAGGAUCAGUUUUGUUUUUCAUGUCGUAAUGAAUAUGAUUACAAAAGGAGAAGUCGGACCUGACUCUAGGUCAGUGCUCCUAUUCUAAUAUGCUUUUGUGAACACAGACCCGGGUGGGUAUAAAUUCUGGUCACUUUCCACUGUGUGUCCAUUAUGUUAAGGAUGGGACAGGCAGCAACUCUGCCAUGCAGGAGGGGAACAGCCUAAGCCACAGAGCUCUAUGAGUGGUUUAGAAAGUUCUUGAAUGAGUGUCCAAGUGGACUGAUCACUCUGCAUGAGUUCCAAAGACACUUCUGCAAUGGAACUGUUGGCAAAGGGUUGGCUGAGUAUGCUGGCCAGAUGUUCCGCACGUUGGAUAAUAAUGGAGUAGGCACUAAUAGAAAACUUCUUAGCUUCAAAGCUAGAAUCUUUUGGUCAGGCAUGCUGUGGAACCUUCAGGCACUGCACUGCAUUUUACCCUGCUGCAUUAUAGCAGCCAUUACUAGACAUCAAUAUGGCUCUCUAAUUCCCCAACAAGGUUUUCUUUUGUCGAGCGUGGCAGCCUCAUUCAACGAGCCUAACCCACUUACAGCCAACAAAUGCACCAACAGGAUAUUUUUUCAGUUGGAUAAGGACAGCAAUGCUGUCAUCAGCUUGGAGGAGUUCAUUGAGGGGGCCCUGGAUGAUGAGUGGACCAGGGAAAUGCUUGAGUGUGACCCUAACAUUGUGAAGGUGAACUGGCCUACCAAGGGGCACAACCACCUGGAGUAAUACCACAGAGAAGUGACCUUUAUUUCAUCCUACCUUGGA